GUAUGAAGAUGGUUUCCUUUUGGCCAACCCGGGCAGUGUGGACCUGGCUGAACGACGUCCAGUAGAUGAGGAGAAUGAGCGCCUGAGAGACAUCGUGUCUUCCCUGCGCACAGCUGUGGCCACAGAGCGCUCUCAGAGGGAGGGCGCUGAGCGGGAGUGUGCUGCUGUGCUGCAGGAGUUUGAUCGUCUGGAACAGCGUCUUUUAGGAGCCGAGGGCUGCCAGCUGCGGGUCCAGGAGCUGGAGGCUGAGCUCCAGGAGAUGCAGCAGCUCAGGAAGUCCAGGGUGUGUCUGAUCGGGGGUAUGGAGGACGGCUUGGAGACGCUGCUUAGCAACGGCCCUGAGACAGACACCCCAGAGGAGAGCGUGGCGCUGGAGGAGGGAGGUGACGGAGGUGAGGCAGGAGGACCAGGGCAGCAGGGAGGCCCAGUGAGGAAGAGCUGCAGCGACACAGCUCUGAACGCCAUCUCAGCCCGUGACGCCUCAGGUAGGCGCCAAGGCAGCUACGCCCUCCAUGCUAACGGCGUGCGCAAACGUGGCAUGUCCAUCCUGCGGGAGGUGGACGAGCAGUACCACGCCCUGCUGGAGAAGUAUGAGGAGCUGCUGGGGAAGUGCCGGCGUCACGAGGAGAGCCUGUGCCAUGCUGAGGUGCAGACCUCGCGACCUGUCUCCAGGGACCCCUCCAUGAAGGAGUACAGCAUGGUCUCCGCGGGACCUUCGACAUCAGGGGCCGUCGCCACCCCUCCCACACCCCCUCAAACUCCCUCCACCCCAGAGGCACUGGAGGGGAUCAGCAGGCAGGUAGAGCAGGUGGACAAACGGCUCAGCCAGAACACGCCAGAGUACAAAGCCCUGUUCAAAGAGAUCUUCUCCCGCUUACAGAAGACCAAGAGUGACAUGAACUCCACCAAGAGCAGGAAGGGUCACAAAUGAGCUGGAGCUGCUGAAAACAGUGACUGCACAAGAUUUAAUUUACCUCACUGUUGUGAAGGCUUCUCGUCCUACAUUUCACCACUCCUGACUUGGAGUGGAUGCCUGUAGUCAUGGCGUUGGCUGAUUAAUGAUGCAUAUUGUUAGCGGUGGAGGCUGAUUCAUCUGAAACUGCCAAAUGUUAUAUCUCCCUACAUGGAUGGAAGAUCGUUGAUGUGGAUGAAAUGCCUUUUUCUGAGUGACCAUACCUGACAGAUAAUCAGAACAGAGGGUUUGUUUCUGUCUUAGGACAGUGUAGUGUGUGAUGUAGUAUUUGUAAUUGAGAUGUGCUGAUGCAGAAAUGAUUUAACUAUUAUUUUUUAUUCAUAGAAAGCAACAAUUAAGCCAAAUAAUACUUAAAGAGAAAAAAAAAACAGCCAUUGGCUUUGAAACUACUUACAGCAUUUGAAGCAUGCAUCUGUCUAAUAAACACUAAGUGCUAAAUAAGUCUUAAAAAGCAGGUUUAAACUAAAAUCACACGAGCUUUUAAACCAGCUUGAAGUUGCUUGAAGAUGCAGCAGAGUGAUAUUUAACUGUGUUCUGAAUUUGUUGGAAGGCCAAAUCCUUCAGGACAGCUGCCAAAGUGUACUGUGUUACGUGUUUGAUGACAGUUUCUUUACUUAAAUGGUUUAUUAUAUCAUGUGACGGAGAUGAUGCCUGAACAGGUGGAGAUGCCUCUGUGGUGCUUUUACAGCAUGCAUUACAAGCUGCAGGGGAAUGAUCGCUGUGUCGGGGAUGCGUUUGAUCAUUUCAGACAUUACAACAUCAUCAGUUCUACGUGUUACCAUUUCAUUGUCAACGAUGUUCUUGUUGAAGGCCAUUUAAAAUGUUUUCUGUUGAUUAAAAUAAGAAGUGUAUCGACCAUGCUCCUUUACUGUUAAAGAGAAACUGUGGUAUUUUUUCACCUGGACCCAACUUUCCCGUGUUCUUGAGUCUAAGUGAUGAAUGGAAACAAUUCUUAAAAUCGGUCCAGUAUUAAGAGCGAUGCAGCUGCAACGGUGAAUGAGGCUGCAAUGUAAUUCCUAUGGACAAUUGUGCAUCGUCAGUAUACAUCGAUUUUAAGUGCUUGUUUUUGCCGCUGACAGGCUCGGAUUGUUGUGACAAGAGUUUGACAGCAUUAUGGCAAAGACCCUGCAGAGAAACUAAAUGUUUUUCCUUAUCUUUCACUUGUUCCGGUCUGUUUUGUGUGUUAGUGUCACUCAAGGAGAAGUCUUGUUCUGAAAUCUCGCAAGAUGUGACAGAGAGCCUAGCUUCGUUUUAUCUGAAAUAUUUAUCAUCAUGGCAGAAUAUUAAGCAAAUUUAGACAUUGUGGGAAAAGCCUGCGAGAUUUCAGAGGAAGACUUCUUGAGCGAAACUUGGUUACACGAACAAACAGGUAAGGAAGAUGUUUCAAUUUAGCCAUGACAUUGAAAACCUUUUCGAUAACACUAAGCUACCCUUUCUGUACUCCAACACAACAGUCUUCCUGCCACUUCUCUUUCCAGCUCUCACUAACCUUUCCACUGUUGUUUUCCCUGCGACAAGUCACCUCUUGCGAGAUUUCAGAACACUUCUUGAGCGAGACUUGGUCACACUAACAAACGCACAACCUGAAGGUGAAGAAAAACAUAAUUUCAGACACUUCCAAUAUCAAUCUGAGCCUGUCAGUGGCAAAAACAAGCACUUUCAGUGGACAUAAAUGGACGUUGCACAAUUGCCCCAUAGGGACUACAUUGUAGCCUGUUUUGCUGCUGCAGUCAAAAAUUGCUGGGGUGAAAAAUACCAAAGUUUCCCUGUAAGUGCUCAGGGAGGCAACAAGUCACAUCCUACAACAGCUAGUUUCCAUUAAAUAAAACAGGAUACACGCAGGCCCAGUCUGAACACUUUAAUGUCAAUACAGGAGAUCAGUAAACUGUAGGUAAUACAAGUAGCACAUAUCGAAUCAAACCCAACCAACAGAGAAAAAACCUCAGUCCAUGACAUGAGAGCUUUAAGUAGCUGCGGAAACAGACUUCAUUCCCAUGCUUCUGGAGUGUAUUCGAAAAAAACAAAGCUUUUAUAUGGCAGGAUGUGUUACCCAUCGAAGUCUGGUUGGGGACUGAUGUCUCUAUACUGGUUCAGAAGUCAAUUACAGACGUUUCACCUCACUGAUGUUGAGCACAGAGUGCCGUCGAGUCAGCAGGAGCAGCAUGUGGUUGUAAGAGACUGGAGGCACAGUCAGCAUUGAUAUUUUAAACUUGAAUAAUACAAGGUGAGCAGUUUAACAGUCCGUGGACACGCUGGAAAUAUGGCCUCAGGGACUAGAGAGGAUACUGGGUGACAGGAAGCCAUCAUCACAACCUGGACUCAUAUUUACAGUUGUUGUAUAUUGUCUAAAAGUUAAUUGAACUGAUCUUUAGAAAACUACAGUGAUGAAAAAUAUGCUUGUAAAUAGAGUUAAUAUGAUGGACAUCAACAUGUAAUGGCUUUUACAGAUCAUCAAACCUGAAAUAAAAGGUGUUAAAAGUCCUUAGUCCUGAUUCCCUGUCCGUGUAUUACAAGUAUUGUUAAAAACAGGCUCACAUGAUGGUCUGGCAAAUACAAUCUGAAGGCAAAUGGCUCAAUUAGGUUGUCUAUUUUUUUCCUAAGGGUUCUCGUUAAGGCCACAUGGCUGCUAAAACACUGCCAGAAUACCCUGAUCAGGAGAGGAACAGCCGCACCUACAGCCAGGGGUCACAAGGGGUUAGAGGUAAUGUUGUUUCCCCUGUUCUCUCAGUAGACUUUGCAGGGAGCUAAAUCAUCUGGAAAAAAGACGUGGCCUAAAUUCCAAAUAAUUUGCCAAGACCCUGGUACAAAUAAUCUGCUCAAAGGCUUUAGGAGGGCUGCGUCCAAGAGUUGUGUCCAGCAAUGAUUGCUCAGUGACCGUACAGCAGCCACAUACAUACAGCACUACUGCUUCCUGCACAAUGCUUUCCAAGGCAGAUCACGGUAAUAGUACAAAACAAUCUGGAAAAAUAAA